CCUAGCAGCUCGCUUGCCAGCAGUAAAGAUGGCGGCGCCUAUGGACGAAGCUGUCAGCGGGAAUAGUGAAGAAAAUAUUCUGUAUGAUCUGUUAAUAAACACCGAGUGGCCCCCGGAGCCCGAUGUGCAGCCUCGAGGUGGUCGUGAACAUGGAGCAUCGUUUGUCCUCACCAAGACUAUUACAGCUCCAGCUUAUUACUUCCUGCAACUACUCUGGUACAGCCCGGCGAAAUUUAGUCUUCCCUCUGGCCUCGUCCGUCUGGUCAGCAAGCAAAUCAACUGGCAGCUGGUGCUGACGAGUAACGGCAAGCUUUUGGCAGCAGUCCAGGACCAGUGCAUUGAAAUUAGGUCUGCAAAGGAUGAUUUUGGCUCGGUUAUAGGAAAAUGUCAAGUUCCUAAAGACCCCAACCCUCAGUGGAGGCAUGUGGCGUGGAGUCACGACUGCACCUUGGUGGCUUAUGCCGAGAGCACCGGGACCGUUCGACUGUUUGAUCUCAUGGGGAGUGAACUGUUUGUCAUCCCUCCGCAGACCAGCUUCCCCGGGGAUAUGAGUUAUGCUAUUGCUGGCCUGAUCUUCCUGGAGUACAAAGCGAGCACACAGUGGUCAGCCGAACUGCUAGCCAUCAAUUACCGCGGGCAGCUGAAAAGUUACCUAGUGAGUGUCGGGGCCAACCACAGCUAUCAAGAGAGCCACAGCUUCAACUUCGGAUGUCAUUAUUCUCAGGGCAUUUCCUCUGUCGUCUACCUUCCUGACCACAGGCUCCUGUUAGUUGGAGGCAGCGAGACAAAUGAAGAUGGAGUGUCGGAGGCCACGCAGUGUGGGCUCACGUCCUGGAGAGUGCUUUCCGGCUCUCCUCAUUACAAACAGGUCACUAAUUACAAGGGUGACGUAGGCCAGGCGCUGAAGGGAAAAGGAUUGUGGAGGAUUAUUAAGUUGCGAUUAUCUAACAGACACGGAAGCGAACAGGAUGGCAUUUUUAGAAUGAGUCUUUCUCCGGAUGGAAAUCUUUUGGCAGCCGUUCAUUUCUCCGGCAGACUGUCCAUUUGGGAGAUUCCAUCGUUAAGACUACAGAGAGAGUGGCCUCAAAGUGAACAGCCCAAGUAUGAUGAGAUCAAUCCUGAUUGGCAAAGCUCGGUGGAGAAACGGAAGAAGAUGAAAGAUAAAGAAUCCUAUUAUCCGCUGAUUGAUGUUAAUUGGUGGGCGGACAAUGCUGUGAUUUUGGCUCGCUGCUCUGGCUCUUUGACGGUGUCUUCUGUGAAAACAUUAAAGAAUUUACUGGGGAAAUCCUGCGAAUGGUUUGAACCCUCUCCACAAGUUACUGCCGCUCACGACGGAGGCUUCCUCAGCUUGGAGUGUGAAGUAAAACUUGCUUCAAAAAGGUCCCGCUUGGAGAGCAGAGCUGGUGAGGAGGAAUACGGAGAUCAAGAUUCUGACUUUGAUGACGAGAUGUCGGCCAAAGACAGAUAUUUGUCUUACAUCAAACAAGGGCUGUACUUUGCCACCGAGAUGGAACGCUUUGCCCCUCCUCGCAAACGUCCUCGAACCAUCACAAAAAUGUACAGGCUUGUUAGUCUGAGGUCGACAACACCAGAAGAACUCUACCAGAGGAAGAUUGAUAAUGAAGAGUAUGGAGAAGCUUUAUCUUUGGCGCAUGCAUAUGGACUGGACACUGACCUGGUAUAUCAGAGGCAGUGGAGGAAAUCGGCUGUCAACAUUGCUACAAUUCAGGACUAUUUGAGCAAAAUUAAAAAGAGGUCUUGGGUCCUGCAUGAAUGUCUGGAAAGGGUCCCCGAGAAUGUGGACGCGGCCAAGGAAUUGCUGAUGUUUGGCCUUAAGGGAACAGACCUGGAGGCGCUUGUUGCGAUAGGCAAUGGGGAAGAUGGAGGAAGGUUUAUUCUACCAGGAGAUGUAGACUUUGAUGACAUUGCAUAUGAAGACUUCUUGACUCCAGAAGAAGAGGCAGAAAGCCGAAUAGAGAGAGAAAACCAGAGACGUAAAGAGCUGCUGCAGAGGGUGGACUUUGACAACUUAACACUUGAGCAGAAGGAGAUCUGCCGCUGCAGACUCAAGUUAUUGACCUACCUAGAUCGCCUAUCUACAUAUGAGGAGAUCCUCGGGGGGCAUCAGGCAGCCGAGAAGAGAUACGACGCCGACUUCUUCAAGAAGUUUAGGAACCAAAAUAUUGUGCUGUCAGCGAGAACAUAUGCUCGGGAAAGCAAUGUGCAAGCUUUGGACCUGCUCUUUACCUUCCAUGGGUCGGAUCUGCUCCCUCACCGCCUGGCUAUUCUCUCUAAUUUCCCUGAGACCACCCCUCCUCAUAAAUACGCCAUAUUGCUACCCGAGGCAAGCUUUGAAGCCGGUGAGCUGAAGAUUGUCGCCUGGAACGAGCAGGAACACCGCGACAAAGACUGGUGCGAAGAGCCUCGUUGCAAGUCACAGGUAGAGCCCGGUGCACCAGAUCUGGCCGAGUUUCUGUAUGAGGAGCAGCCUGUACUACUGAUCUACAGUACGGACUGUCUGUCCAUCGACAUAGUGAAGAACUGGUUCUGGAACCGAGCCGAGGAGAUUGAGAAUUACUCCAGACAGGUGGAUGGUGCACUUUCUUUGGUGCGUCUGGGAAAAGAGAAGAAUAUUCCAGGUUUGGAGCUGCUUUGUGAUGAUCUGGUCACGUUGGAGACCCUUGUGUAUGAAGCCAACUGUGAUGUGUCAUUAACCCUCAAAGACCUGCACCAGCUCAAGGACAUUGAGAAACUACGGCUUCUUUUGGAAAAUUCCUCAGAAGAAAACUACGUGAAAAACGCCUACCAGUGGAUGGUUCCUUUCCUCCAUCGUUGCGAAGCUCAGACCCCCGGAGCAUCAAACACUCUGCUAAAAGAAUAUAUAGUCACCCUGGCGAAGGACGACCUUAAAUUCCCCCUGAAGAUUUUUCAGCAUUCAAAGCCCGAUUGCCAACAAAAAUUAAUCCCUGUUCAGGACCAGCUGAUGAUAAUUGCUCUAGAGUCCAUCUACAUUUGUGAGCGAGAUGACCAGCUUUCCCUCUGCUAUGACAUAUUGGAAUGCUUACCACAGAGGGGCUAUGGCAUGGAGACGGACAUAAGUAAAUCUCUACACGACAAGGUGGAUCAGCUCGAGCAAAUCCUCAGCGUGUCAGAGAUCCUGGAGAAGCAUGGACUACAGAAACCCAUUUCAUUUGUGAAAGAAACACAGUCAAGUUUAGAAGAAGCUCGCAAGCUGAUCGUACGGCUGACCCGGCACACUGGUCGCAAGCAACCUCCGGUCAGUGAGAGUCAUUGGAAAGGGCUUCUCCAGGAUCUUCUGGACAUGCAGCAGAACGUGUACACGUGUCUGAACGCAGACGUCUGCUAUGAGAUCUUUGCUGAGAGUUUGCUAUGUUCGGGCCGUCAUGAGAACAUCAAGCUGGCCGGGCACAUGAUGCAUUGUAACUCAACCUCUGUAGACCUUCCCGUUAGCAUCAACUCCAAAGGCAAGCCGCAGUACAGGGUCAGCUACGGGAAGAGCGCGGAGCUGGUGCUGGCUGCCAGCAGAGAAUACUUUAACUCGUCCGCCACCCUCACCGAUGACUGUAUGGAUCUGGCAAGGAGCUGCCUGCACCUGAUUACUGACUGUCCCGAUUCCAUUCAGGAGGAGCUAGACCUGAUCCGAUCUCUGGGCUACCUGGAGGAGUUUGGGGUGAAAAUUUUGCCUCUGCAAGUGCGCCUGUGCUCCAACCGCCUCAGCCUCAUCAAGAAGUGUAUUUCCCAGUCCCCAACCAGCUACAAGCAGUCAGCGAAAUUGCUGGCACUGGCUCAUCUGCUGCGAGUCGCAGGAAAUGAAGAGACAGAGAUGAAGGGACAGGUUUUUACUCUCCUGGCUGAACAGGCUCUUCAGUGUCAGGAUUACAAGGCUGCCAAUGGGCACUGCCAAGAACUCUUGACUGCUGGAUAUAAUAAAAGUUGGGAAAUUUGCAGCAAGUUGGGACAGUGUGAGAGCUAUGAGGACCUUGGCACUCGAAAAGAACUGAUGGCCUUUGCUUUAACCCAUUGUCCUCCAUGUGCCAUACAGACCCUGCUGGCUGCCAGCAGCUCCUUGCAGACUCAGAUUCUCUUUCAAGCAGUAAAUUACCAGAUACACCCAGGUGGCGGCGGCGAAGGGCUGGAGAAUUCUCAGCAUCUUGGACCUCCUGGGUCAGCCGGCAAAGAAGAAGCCAGUCAGGCCGAUUCCAAGCCCCAGUCGGUGGAUUUGCUGCAUCGAACAACUGCUACAACCAUGAAAGUUCUGACUAAUACAACCCUGACUACUAAGGCUGUGCUGCAUGCUGUCAGUGAUGGGCAGUUCUGGAAAAAGUCCCUAACAUACCUCCGUCCUCUGAAUGGUCUGGAGCAGAGCAGCACGUCGAAGAGCGCCAAGGGUUCGACCACGCCGGGUACCGGCCAAGGCUGCCAGCCCUUUUAUGAAUCUCUGAUCGUCAAUCCUUUUAUUGCUGAAGGUGAAGCUACGUACACCACUUACCAGUACAAUUCCCAGGAAAGCUUCGCGGAAGUUCUUCUCAGGACCGGAAAAUUAGCCGAAACCAAAAGUGAAGGUGACACGCUGUUCCCUGCCACGGAAGUUCUGCUGCAGCUGGCUAGCGACACUUUGCCCAAUGAUAUCACGUUGUCUGUUGCGUAUCUACUCGCUCUCCCCCAGGUGCUAGAUGCCAACAAAUGCUUUGAAAAGCAAUCGCAUUCAGCUCUGUCUCUCCAGCUGGCGGCUUAUUACUACAGCCUGCAGAUCUAUGCCCAUUUGGCGCCAUGCUUCAAGGACAAGUGCCAUCCUCUCUACAGGGCUGACCCAAAUAUGCUCAUCAAGUUGGUAACCAAGUACGUCUCAGAUUAUGCCAAUGCCAACUGGCCUAUUGAACUGGUGCCCCUGAUCGAGCAACUGCACUACUACAAUGAACGGCUGGUGGACUUCACUCAGGCUCAGAUCCUCCAAGGACUCGGCAAGGGAGUGGAUGUGCAGAGAUUCGCCACAGACAGCCAGUACAAAACGGAGACUAUUCUAGGACUUGCUGAGACUCUGGAAGAGAACGUGUACAAGAUUUCCCUAUCCCUGGCUCAGCGGUACAGAGUCCCUCUGUGGGAGGUUUACAUGACGCACUUGGAGUACCUGUUCUGUGACAGUGGCUUAUCCACAACCGAAAUAGAGGCGCGCGCCAAAUCCCUCGGCUUGUUUGACACCUUAAAAGCCAACCCCGAGGCUUUCUGCGAGCACAUGGCCAAAUACGUCUACCCCACCAUAGAGGGCAGAGACCUCCAAAGGCUGCUGUAUUAUUUCACCCUCCUGGAGAACUGCGGCUGCUCGCACUACGUCAAGCACAUCAAGCCCGACUCCCACGUCAAACUGCUCAAAAAACUGAAGGCGGUGGCAUCAGGUCUGGAUUAUAAGCGAAUGACAGAUGCCGGUCUGAACCCCCUGGAGUCACUGGCUCCCGUACUCACCAGCCAUAAUGUACUCGCUAUUUCCAAGCUAGCUGCGAGAAUCCCAGACGUGGAGGGGAACAUGCUGUCCUCCAGCGCGGUGCAUGCCGCCUGGCUGAAGAAACUCUUCUGGAACGGCGACCCGCAGCUUCUCAAGGAAGCCCCAAAGACCGUGACCGAAUUGUCCCAUGCCUACGACAUCUGCAGGAAAUACUUGGAUAGACUGACACCCGGCGAUUUGAUUGCAUUCAUUGAUGAAAUCACUUUCACCCCACGUGCUGUUGACAAGUUGACAAUGGAUGCCAGGAGCGAAAUGACCAAGAAGACCAUUACAUCGGUGAGACAGUUUCUCGAUAAGCAGAAGAAGAAAACAUCUGGAGAAGUUGCUGAGGCAUCACAUUCGUCUGUCACAUAUAAUGGGGCGUUGAGCCAUUUACAGCAGUCUCUUGCUCACCUCGAAACUCUUGGUCUGGACUUUGUUGAGCACUUGAGAAGUUUGGACCAGGACCGUGUGCAGAAGUAUUCACACAUGUAUGAUCUGUCAAGAUCGGAGAAGGAGAAGCUGAGGAACCUGGCACUCACAAUGUGUCUAAAUGGUCAGUCUCUAAACACCAUACAGAAGUUAUUGGAAGUAGCAGUUGGUGAUAUUGACAUCAGUCCAAAGGACAUUGUGCGAAGCUCUACAGAGAGAAUCAUCGCUAAACUGAGUGGUAAUGAUUUGGAUUCUGGUGCCAUUGAAGAUCCUUUAAAAGUCUUGGAAGCUAUUGUGAGAGAGGUGCACCUCAGCACUGAGAGAGGGGAGAAUCUGGUCACAUCUGAUGACCUAUUGGAGUGGUUACGGCCAUUUUGUGGUGAUGAUUCGCUACCGGUGAAACCCAGAAUCGAUGUACUACAGAUUAUGGAACAGGCGUUUAAUCUAAGCGAUGAGGACAGCAGGCUGCUCGUAUUUUUCAGAACACAAGCCAUUUUGAAGGCUUCGUGGCCCGAAAAGAAGGUUGAUGUGGCUGACAUUGAAAAUGAAGAAAAAAGAUAUCUUCUCUUUGUGAAGCUGCUGGACAUCAGUCACACGCUCCCAGAGUUCCAGCACUUAGUUUUACUUCUACAAGCCUGGCCUCCGAUGAAAGGACUAAGCAUUGCAUCUCAAGAAGAUAACCCAUGGGUAAAACUGGUGAAAGCGAUGCUCUCCAGCUGUGGAGCCGAGAAACGAGAGGGGAUGUCCUCUGAAGUCCUAAAACUGUGCCGAUCCUUCUACAAGUCUAGACAUGCAUUUUCUGUAGAGUGUAUUGAUGCGAUCUGCUCGCUCUUGUUAGAGCACGACAUGCUGCUGACAUCACUGAAGUUAUUUAUCGAGAGCGGCGAUCCCAAUCUUCAUUCAAAGGCGCUGAAGCUCUUAACUGCAGUUACAAAGGUCACUGACUCAAACUGUGACUCCGAAAUCCUUUCUCUGCUUCUGGAUGCCAAAUUGCUGGUAAACUGCAUUGGUACCAUCUACUACUCGCAUCUGAUUAACCAUUUGCUAGCUGCAUCGGAGGAGUCCAGGUGGAACGUUGAAGAGAUAUCAAGGGAGCUUCGUGAUUCUGGAUACAAAGCAGAAGCAGGGUCUCUACUGAUGUCUUAUAGAGGAACACACCCUGCUCUCCAAACCUUUACCUCUGCUCUCUCUAGUCUUAAGCGGUGGCUGUAGAGUAUUAAAUAAAAUGAGUGACCUGCUAAAUGGCCUCAGGGUAGGGGUUGUCAAUCCCUGUUCUAACUUAGUAGUAAUUGAACAUGAGGUGUUUAUGAAGACAGGAUGCACCAUUUCCUUUGUUUGACUCAUUUUGUAGUUUGUAAAAACUUCAUGUCCAUUAAAGCCUGCUUAGAUUUCUGUAUUAAGUUUAUUUAGCUAGAGCUAGAGCCCAUCUACCUCAUAUUUCCAUGAUGGACGUAUGAAACCUCUCAGACUUCACUUACCCCUUAACUAAAUCUACCAAGAUUCUCAUCCCCAAACACAAGCACAUCUCAAACACAUACUGGAAGACAUUUAUGAUAAAAAGAAAGAGUUACUGAAACAUUUUACAAAAUAAAAAAAUUGAGAUCUAUAUAAACCUUGUAUUAGUGUGGUAUAGACAUACACAGGUAUAUCGAAUACCGCUGUGCAUACUGUAACUUACUGUCUUAGGCUACAUUCACACGAACGUAUUUUGUUUCCGUGUCCAUUAGGUUUUUUGUUCUUUUUUUUGCGGAUAGGAUGCAGACCUAUUCAUUUCAAUGGGUCUCAAAA